CAUGGCUAACCGGAAGUAGGUAGAGAAAAUACUAUUUGGAGAAAACAAGAGAUUUUCGAUGUUUAUGGGUUUCGAGAUGUUUAACGUGAAAGGAUACCAACAAUGAAUGAAUCAUGGAAUUAAAUCGCAUAGAGAGUCAGGAUGACGUUACAAGAUUUUGGAGAGAAGAACGUGAGGAAGGGGCUGUAUACAAUGUGUACCUAAAGAGGGUUACAUACCACACACUCUCAGAGAAUGAAAACAAAAGCAACAAUGAAUUUUCGCAUCUCAUGUGGGAGACCCAGAAAUUCCGUGUCAUCAAAGCCGGCUCUUUGGAGAAACUUGUGGAGUACCUGUACAUCAAGGGAGAGGUGGACUCCACCUACACCACGGUAUUUCUCGCCACAUAUCGGACAUUCAGUAGCCCCGAGGAGGUGUUGAACAUCCUCGUGGAUCGCUAUGAGAACAUUAAGGCUAGCCCUGAAGGCAAGGGGGAGCUACAGGAAGUCCAGCUUAGGACAAUCAAGUCAGUGAUCUCCGUAUGGAUGGACACAUAUGUGGAGGAUUUUCGGGAGCCGCCAACCUAUCCUUGUCUUGCCUGUUUACAGAACUUUGCUCAGAAGCAUGUACCAGACUCUGAUCUUGUCAUACGGGUCAAACAUAAGAUGGAGAAGUUCAGAAAAGAAGAUCUGGGGAAAUCAGAUGGGAACAUAGAGUUCCAUUUUAACCUAGUGGACGAGGUAGAUCACAUGAUAUCAGCUGACUACCACCAACCUCUCACUUUCUGUGAUAUCUCCAACCAGACUGUUGCCGAACAACUCACCUUCAGAGACGCAGAGCUGUUCAAGCGAGUGGUUCCCCAUCAAUGCCUGGGGGCGGUGUGGGCGAGGAGGGCCCGCAAACACGGCAAAGGGGGCACAGUGGCAGGCAGUGUGCUGGCCACCAUCGAGCAGUUCAACAGAGUCUCACUGAGGGUCAUUGCAACCAUUCUGAAGAACUCGGAGCUGAAGUCUUCCCAGCGCGUGAAGAUCAUACAGAAGUGGAUUGAAAUAGCUCAGGAGAUGCGCCAUUUGAAGAACUUUUCCUCCCUCAAAGCCAUCAUCUCAGGUCUUCAAGCAAAUGCUGUCUACCGGUUACGCAAGGCUUGGGGACUGCUGCCAAAAGAGAGUUUAGCUGUGUUCGAAGAACUGUCAGAAAUCUUCUCCAAUGAAAACAACCAACUGGCCUCCAGGAAUCUCCUCAUGAAGGAGGCCACUGCAAAGUUUCCGGAGGUAGACUCUUCCAAUAAAACCUUGCGAAGACGGAAUCAGAUGAAACGACAAUCAUGGAUUGAUAAUGGUGUGGUUCAGGGUACUGUCCCCUACCUCGGCACCUUUCUCACGGACCUGACCAUGAUCGACACCGCAAUCCCCGACACGACGGACGGUUUGAUCAACUUUGAGAAGCGCCGUAAGGAGUUUGAAGUCUUGGCACAGAUCAAACUGCUGCAGUCUGCCUCACAGAUAUACACCUUCACGGAGAACGAACGGUUCUGGGGCUGGUUUGAUGCGGUCAGAGUGUACGAUGAAAAUGAGAGCUAUGAGCAGUCCUGUACCAUAGAGCCUGCCAUAGAUGGAAGUACAAGAUUAAAGAAGAAAUCCCCAGCCAGCAGUAUGCGGCCAAGCAAGAUGGACCCCUCACGGUUUUCACUGUUCAUGUGUGGUGGGGUGAAUUUCGAUGACAAAGCUAGCACCACUAGCGGCUCCAACCCCCAAGAAUCACCCACCUCACCUAAUGCAACUAUGUCCCAUUCGUCCUCUACCUCCUCUCUACAGUCGUAUGACAGUGAUACGUCCACACCUUUCAAGUCUUCUGAUGCCUGUGUCAUCAAGGUCUCCAUCGACACAGGAAACACUCCGAAAUCUCACAUCUACAAAAGCAUCAUGUUGCACAACACAGACCACACCCAUACGGUAAUAAAACGUGUGAUGGACAAGUAUGACUUGAAAGGGAAGGAGAAGGACUACUGUCUGCUACAGGUGCUACCUGAGGAUGAACUGCUUAUACCAGACAAAGUGAAUGUGUUCUACGCCAUGAACAACAAUGGGGACUACACGUUUGUGUUGAGGACGCGUAAGGAACAGGAAACACUGACUCAAAACAAGAAAAAAGGGCGGCGAAAGCUGAAGUUGGGCCUUUGACAACUGCGUUGUUUAGAGAUGUGAAAACUAUAAGGCCAUUAGAAGUUGUAGUAUUGCCUUUGAUUGAUGUGUGGUGUUUAGUUGUGAAAUCUACAAUGCCAAUCAGCAGGUCUUUCGAAUAUUGAAUUUCAAGUAUCGAUGAUGCUUCAGUGCAAAGCAGGGUCUAAUGUGACGCGUUUUCAGCAUAAACUCAAUGCAGUUCUGGGCCAGUAUUAACUAGUGCUGCAACAAUACGCCAAAAACCGUAUUUCAAUAUAUUGUCAGUUCAAAAACCCGUAUUGCAAUAUAUCGCAAUAUAUUGCUAACUUGUACCAAAAUUAUAACUUGCCAAUUACCCAAUAAUCCCGUAUAUUCCAGUUUUAAAGCAAAUUCUGGUAUAAAUUUACUAUAAAUGUGCUCAAGAAUAACAAGAAACACAAACAUUCGCAAAUUUUCUUAAGUAUCAAAUACAUUUUGGCAUUCGUUACUAUUUAAAGAUGUGAUGAAAUAACGUCCAGCCGGGGCGGUUUUUUUUUCCACUGAACACGCGUAAUUCACCUGACAUGAUGUUCCCGUUUUUAUACAACACAAAAUACACCCAUACUUUCUAUGCCACGUUCUAAAUGUCUGUAUAAUUUUCGCGCGCUUUUUAUUGAGACAAAGGAUAAAGCACUUUUUAUUUGACGCUAGAAUUUUUUAUUGUCGCAUUAGCAUUAAAAUUUGGAAGCGUAUUUCCAAAAUUUGGAUUACAAAUUUAAUAAUGCUCAAUUCAGAAUCAAACGAAACAUUUACAGCUGUGCGCAAUUAAUUCAACGAUAAUCUGUUCAAAAGCAUCGAACGAAUGCUCCGAUGUAACAACGCUACUCCGUAUAAUAAACUUUCAGAAUGCUUUUUUUACGAAAACAAAUAUUUACAGUGCUUUGUUUUGUUUACCUUGUUAUCAUUAUUUCGAAUGGCUUUUCUGGACGAAAUGUGAAUGAAUUUUUGUAAAAUUUUCGUACCGGUAUGAUGAAAAUCGUAUCGCAAUACAAUAUGCGGAUUGCGUAUUGCGAUAUAUACCGAUAUACCGGUAUAUUGUUGCAGCACUAGUAUUUGUCAACCCAUUUUUUACUUAAGAAUAAAGCUUGUCUGAGACUCAAUAAAAGUACCUCUGAAUUUGCAUAUAUACAGGCUAAAAAUGGUUUUUGUAUUCAUAACAGAUAGUUCACAAUGAAGAAUUAAAUAAUUAUAGAUGUUAACUACCAUGCUAGGCUUGACUUUAAAGUAAUUGUGGUACAGUUUAAAGAAUAGACUUAAGUCUACAAAUCAGUUGGUGAAUACAGGGCCCUGCACUAACUGAUUGGUAUGCUGUACAAGGGUAUUAGUAACCCUGCGUAUUGGAGCCAUAGAAGAAUAACAGAUUCUUUUUGUUAGUUGACACAGCUUUUUACUGCAAUAACAGUACAC